CGUCCCGGCUGAUUCGGGCGGUAACAAUUGCUCGACCACCGACAGCUUCCUCGUUCUUCCUUUCUCAAACGAGACGCGGGGGGGCGAGAUGGACACGAUGGCGGACGUGCUCGGAGACGGCGCGAAGAACAACGUGUCGCAUCCGCGGACGUUGACCUCGCCCGACAACGACUGGAACGGGAAGCCGAAGCUGAACUUUCCGAAAUUCACCGCGGACGAGCGUUACAAGAUGGCGAGUUUGCAUCUCGACAGGGGGUGGUUCGCCUUCGACUUUCUCCGGGCUUUCUUGUCCUUCGUGCAGCCUUACGACGUACCGAUCGACCUGCUGGCGGACGCCGUGGAAAAUCGCAUAAGCACCGGCAAAUUGAUCUCCGAGUCCAUGCACGUGGAAGCAGCUUUUCUGGGCUUAGUAGGCGUGUGCUGCGUACUGGCCUGCAUAAUACCUGGCACGGAACUUUGGCUCGCCUGUCGUCCAAUCAGAGAAGAUUACAAACCCUCUCGGCAUCCCGGUGUUCUCGCAUUUCUCCUCGCCGUUCUCGCCUUUAUGCUCGGGUCCUGCACGGUGACAAUGAUAAUAUGCAACGAGGCGGUGGCGGCUGGGAUCGGGAAGCUCCCUGUAACGUUGGAGACGGCAUUGCAGGACUUAAAGGACUACCACGCGGAUACGACGUCGCAGCUGCGAAAGUGUCUCACGAGGAGCUUGGACGUGGCCAGCGAGGCGAUCCUCGCCGAUCUGGACAAUGUCGAGGAAUUAUUGGGCGGACCCGUGCAGGCUGAACUCUCGGCCGAGACUGGACUCGACGUCGCGCUGGACGCGCUCGUUGACCUGGCAAACGCGACGCAGGAGUUAUCGGCCAGGGUCGAGUCUUUGCUCAGGGAGGGCGAGAAAGUGCAAGAGCUCGGUUCGGAAUUGAGUAGGGAAACGGACGAGAUACGGCGGGACUUGGAAGGCGCGGUGAGAGCGUGCUCCGGUCCAGAUCGUUCCCUUUGUGCUGUCAUUGACUCUUCGGGGAUUCGCCUGGAUCUACGGAUAGAACGGUUACUGAAGGACGAUCGUCUGCUGCGUCUACGGAGCAUCGGUCGGGAAAAUUUGACGGAAGCGGGACGCCAAGCUCGCGGAGAAUAUCUCCGUGUACCGCAUCACAUCGCCAGGACCACGUUGGACGCUCGAAACCAGAUUCGGCGCGAGAUCAAUGCAGCACGUGCCAGGAUUGUCGAUCAAACGCGCGGCGUAGAGACGAGCAGUUUCGAACUCUCAAAGCAGCUGGAUUUAGCGAGGAGCGCCGUGGAUUACGUUAUACCCCGUGUCAUCGCUUUCGAGCAUGUCAGAUGGAUCGUCGGUACAGCUACCGUGCUGUGCGUUUUGCCGGUCUUUUUCUUACUGAUCGGGGCUCUAUGCUACCGCUGCGGCUCGUCCGAUGACAAAGUGCGUCCGGCUCUUUUGUGUGCGGUGGUCACGAGCUGUUUCGUCUCGAUUGCACUGUGGGCAGUAUUCGUCGUCGCUCUGGGUAUCUCUAGCCAUACGGAGAUGUUGAUAUGUCGGCCGCUUUACGAUCCUGACUACCGUGCCGUGGAAGCCGUGCUGGAAACCCGAGCGUUCUUAGGAAGAAGGCUCACAGUUCCCCUCAAAGAGCUCUUUGAGAAAUGCCGGAACAACGAGGCGGCUUACCCCGCCUUCGGGCUUGAAAGUACGAUGAAACUGGAGCAUUUGACCGCGCAUUGGACGUGGCCAGGUUUUUCGACCGCGAUUUCGGAUAUUAAAGUCGACCUGAAAGGCCUGAAGAUACUGACGCCGAAUCUGCGACAACGUCUUCAGGAUCUCCUGGACACUUGCGGCCUGAACCUCACCGCUUACAGGAUCACGAUUCGAGGCCCAAUUCUGAGCAAAGAUCUCGACACCAUGUCGGACCAGCUGGACAACGUGUCCCGGCAGCUGCGGGACCGAAGCGUCGCCAGGGAGUUGCAGGGCAUCGGGGCGACGAUGCGGGAUCUGAAUCUGCGGCGGGUGAAGCCGCUUAUGAAGUUGCAGGACGAGCUGGUGUAUCGACUGGCCGUGCUGGAAUUGCAGGUGCAGCCUCUUUGGCGACAGGUCAAUCGGUCCAUUUCUCACCUGAGGACUGUACAAUACUACGUGGACCAUCGGGGCGAAGAGAUCGCUCAGCUGAAAACGAAGUCGUACGUGGACCGACUGGCGAAUUACCUGGAUCAGUGGCGGACUCACGUGCUCGCUGAGACCGGCACCGCAGUGUCCAAGUGUCGGCCCUUGUGGGACGUGCUGCAGGGACUCCGGCGUCUGCUCUGCGCGCACAUCCUGAGCCCUCUCAAUGGUUUCUGGCUCGCCGUGUUUCUAUGCGUCGUCGUCAUGAUCGCCAGCACACCGAUCGCUCACAUCUUGUCGCUGGUGUACAAAAGACCAUCUCGUUUCGCAGGAGAUGCCAUCCUGUUGCCGACGAGAGCCGACAGUCUUAACACGGAUACGGGCGACAGGACGUGGCAAACGCCGGAGCCACCGCCGGCGCCGCAGAGCGACUGGUAACGACCGAGGACAAGGGACGGGAACUUCGCGUCACACAGGCAGACUCGGAAG